GGGUGUGGUAAUGAAGUCACGUGACACGGUAAGGAUAGCUGAUAUAUAGUGGUGCUCGGGUGAAUCGUAGACUGAACUCUGGAGUUAAUCAACCAAUAGGCACCACCGUGACUGCUCACUCAUGCAUUCACGCUUGCCCGUUCAGUCUUUCUGAGUGAAAGCAGCCGACUCUGCUGCAGACUACGACUUCUAAGGAACUGGAAACAACCACCAUGCAACUGAUGCAAAUGAUUGCCAGUAGUAUACAAUUUUUACUGGCAGUCUUUCUGAUCCCAGUUUCAGCAACUAUUAUUAGUGUUACCUUUGAUGGUGUGCUCUACAGGACUCAUGAUGGAGUGGCUAAGAAUUGGGUUGCUAGAAGCAAUUUUACUGACAACACUUUUAUUGAUGGGUGGGGCUACCUUGAGGUAGAAACCAAUCCAGAGUUCCCUGAUGCUGUUCAAGCAUAUGCUGCCGGCUUUGCUGAAGGAGCAGCUUCCAAUGAUAUGAUAUACAAGGCCUAUAGGAAUACUUUGGAAGGCUUGUGUGAAUGGAAGUCGCAGGAGUUUUGUGACAGGUUGCAAGAAUACCUUAAGAAGAAUAUGCAAUGGAUGAAGGCUAUGGUUCAAUUGAAGAACAAGAGUUGUCCUGUCUGGCACAAUGUUGAAUUGAUAUUAGCUCAGAUGAAUGGUGUCUCAGAUGGAUACAAUAGGACAGCCAACAUUCCCAUAGAAUCUGAUUCCAUUUUAUUGUUGAAUUUGAUGGGAGAUCUCGAAGAUCUGGAAUCAGCCCUGGAUCCAAAAAUUCAUAAUAUGAGCAUAGAAGAAUGGGUAAGUAGUGGGCACAUUACUGGAGAUGGCCACUGCUCGGCUCUUAUUAAAGUCCUUCAUGGCAAUACUGAUCUCUAUGUUUCGCACGUUACUUGGAACACGUAUCAGUCCAUGUUGAGAAUUCAGAAAAAGUACAUUUUCCCGUUCCGUCGCACCGGGUCAUCUACACCUAAAGAUAUUAAUCCAGGCCACACAGUUGCAUUUUCUUCAUAUCCUGGUAUGUUAUUCUCAGGAGAUGACUUUUAUAUACUCUCAUCUGGCCUUGUAACCUUGGAGACUACAAUUGGGAAUGGCAACCCAGCACUUUGGAAAAAUGUUACAGCAACUGGAGAGCUCCAGGAGUGGAUACGCACAAUUGUGGCUAACCGCAUAGGUGAGGAUGGAAAGAGCUGGACAAAUUUUUUCUCCAUGCAUAAUAGUGGUACUUAUAAUAACCAGUGGAUGGUGGUUGACUACAAGCUCUUCGAACCCAAGAAGUAUAUCAAACGCAAUACAUUGUGGGUAUUGGAGCAACUCCCUGGCCAUAUUGUCAGUGCAGACCAAUCACAUAUCCUGAGCAAGCAGUCUUACUGGCCCAGCUACAACGUUCCUUUCUAUCCAAGUAUUUUCAAUCUCAGUGGUGCUCCAGCCAUGGUCCAGCGAUAUGGAGAUUGGUUCACAUAUGACAAAACUCCAAGGGCUCUAAUCUUUAAACGAGAUCACACUACUGUUAAGAAUCUUCAUACAAUGAUAAGGCUUAUGCGAUACAAUGAUUUCAAGAAUGAUCCACUUUCACACUGCAACUGUAUCCCACCAUUUAGUGCAGAAAAUGCUAUUUCUGCCAGAAACGAUUUGAACCCCAAGAAUGGGACUUACCCGUUCAGUGCUCUUGGCCAUCGAUCUCAUGGAGGCACAGACAUGAAAAUGACAAAUGCGAAAAUGGCUCAGAAACUUCAUUUUCUUGCUGUCAAUGGCCCUACAUAUGAUCAACAGCCAGUCUUCCGUUGGAGUGAACAAGAUUUUGCAAAAGACACUCCACAUUAUGGUCACCCAGACACAUGGAAUUUUCCAGUGAUUGGACACAGGUGGCUGUGGUAAUGUUAUUUUGUGAAAUAAAAAUGUCUAAGAAUUAUAUUUUGAAAAGGUAUUGUACAGAACAUGAGUUUUUAAUAAUAUUCAUAAAAAAAUGCUUGCCAAAUAAAACUAAUGUUUCAAGUCUUGAUCAUAAAGGUUCUGAAUUUUUAGCUCAAUAAAAUAUUAGUUUUCACAGUAGAAUUGUUCACAUAUUAUUAAUUAUAUAGUGUACUGUAGUACCAAGGUUGUAUACGUAGCUACAGUAUAGACUCUUAUUUAACUUGAACAGGUCAGUGCACAGUGGAAGCUUGUAUAAAUUACUUCAGAUUUAUAGCAAAUAUGAACUGUUGAAAGCUUAGGAAUACUCUUGUACAUCAUAUGAGUAACCCCUUUACUCCAACUGGGACAUACAGUACAGUAAGUCCCCACUGAACGUUAAUCCUUUGAAUAAAUCCACACUAUAACGAAA